AUGAAGAGGUCGGCUAGGUCUCCGCGCGCCGAAUCAACUGUGCAUGCGAGACCUGGACCAGCAGUGAGACGUCCUGGACGCAGGGGUAGACCUCGGCAUGGCACUAAAAAGAUUGCGGCUGUCGAAAUGUGUGAGAGUAGCUUCAGUGAGAAAACAUCCGGGGGUACACCAGAUACACUGCAGCCUGAUGUUACACGGGACGUAGAGAAACUCGGGGAAGACCGACCAGCGAGCACGUCAAAGCAGACAGGCUCUGGUCGACUCAACACCGAAUUCUGCCGUUUAUGUCACGGAAAGUUUUCAACUCGGAGAUUACGGCAAGCUUUCGACAACCUGCAAGGAGAGUCGGUUGAACUAUAUAACCAUGCAGAAAAGAGACAAUCCGAGUCUUCAUUACUAUUCUGCUUAGACUUUCAACAGCUUUUAGGCGUGCCGAUGCACCGUGACCCGCGACUUUCGCAAUUCAUCUGCAAGAACUGUCACGCUCAGUUUUAUAAGUGCCACAGCAUCUUGCUUGCCUUUCGACAGAGGGUGAACCUCACGCCCUCAGCGCGGGAUACCAACAGAGACAGGGUUACCUCAGAAUGGUCACAGUCGAAGGAAGAUGUUGUCUUGACCACCCCCAUAUCUUCAGACCCAAAGUGUCUCCACAACCUGGUGUCUUGGGCCCACCACCAUGCAGAGGGCUGCCGUGCUUGUCCUGACCUGAAAGAGGUGCUGGAGGGGCAGUACUGGGGUUCGGUCAGGGCGGUGUGGGGCUGUGUAGAUGGACACAGUUAUGUGAUGGACACGAAUGCCACUCAGCCAAGGGUAAACCCUGGGCACGCUGUAAGUGGAGCUCAGUCCACAGGAGGAGAGAGAUCCAGAGGAGAAACCAACCACGAACACCAGGCAGCAGCCAGGCUCAAUAACAGCUCCACCUCCAGCACAAGCACACCCACGGCACAUCCUAGUCAAGCUGCCACCCCUCAGACCCAAAAUUCUGCUCAGAGUGACCUCUCCACUGUUGGCGCUGAUGGAUUACCACGGAGUGAGGAGAUUCCCUCCCCUGUGCCUGCUCAUCCUGUGGACAGGCCAGAGGACAGUGACCUGUCAGACAGGAACUUUUCCAGUGAGGAUGAGUAUGAGGACAAGAGGAAAAGUGCAUCAUCUGACGACCAGGCGGAUCCGUAUCCAGAGAAGAGAACCUCCCCGAAGAAAAGCGCAAGAGCGGGUAAGAAUCCAACAGAGCCCAAAGUGAAGAGGAAACCUGGACCCCAGCCAGGCUGGAAGAAGAAGAUCAAGUCAGAACGAGAGGAACUGCCUAACAUCUACAAGUGUCCUCACCAAGGUUGCACUGCGGUCUACAGAGGAGCUGAUGGCAUGAAGAAACACAUAAAGGAACACCAUGAGGAGGUCAGAGAACGACCAUGUCCACAUCCUGGCUGUAACAAAGUCUUCAUGAUAGACCGCUACCUACAGAGACACGUCAAACUCAUCCACACAGAGGUUAGGAAUUACAUCUGUGACCAGUGUGGACAGACCUUCAAACAGAGGAAGCACUUGUCCGUUCACCAGAUGCGACACUCGGGGGCCAAGCCACUACAGUGUGAGGUGUGUGGGUUUCAGUGCCGUCAGCGGGCGUCGCUGAAGUACCACAUGACCAAGCACAAGGCGGAGGCUGACCUGGAGUUCGCGUGCGCGCUGUGUGGUAAACGCUUUGAGAAAGCACACAACCUCAACGUUCACAUGUCCAUGGUGCACCCCCUAACCCAGGGGGGCAGCAUCGACAGUGGACCCAUCCCCGUCCCCCCGGACUUAGACCAGCAGAAUCCGUCGGCCAGCAGGCCCUUAAACCAACAGGCUCCGGCCCACAGAUCCGACCACGCAUCCGAACCCCCCCGAACUGUUCCAAACACAUCAGACAUGGACUACAUGCUCGCGAGUCUCCAGUGAGCCUGUGUAGAACCUGAAUGUGUACACGUGACAGUGAUGCCUAAAACCGAAAGACUUGCUGUGACUGACAUGGUCUCUCUUGAAGAAGACAGCAUUUUAAAAAGUACACAGCACACCCAGGGCCUUUAAUAGAUCUUCA